CUGUCGGGUCGGAACCCCACACUACAGGAGUCACUGGGCAUCCGGCCGCAUGUCCUGGUGCUGAACAAGAUGGACCUGGCCGAUCCCCGCCAGCAACCGACAGUCCUGGAGCGCCUCAAGCAGCAGGGAUGCUCCAACGUUGUCUUCACCGACUGCCAGCAUGAUGUCAAUGUCAAGAAAAUUGUUCCUCUGGUCACCAAGCUGGUGGGUGACAGCCCGCGCUACCAUAGGGCUGAGAGCACCGAGUUCAGCAUCCUGGUGAUCGGUGUGCCCAACGUGGGCAAGUCCUCGCUCAUCAACUCCCUGCGGAGGCUGCAUCUCAAAAAGGGGAAAGCCACCGCGGUGGGCGGCGAGCCAGGCAUCACCAAGGCGGUGCUGACCAGAAUCCAGGUCUGUGAGCAGCCCCUGAUGUACCUGGUGGACACACCCGGUGUGCUGCCGCCGAAGCUGGGGGAUGUGGAGACGGGCAUGAAGCUGGCGCUGUGUGGAGCCAUCCAGGACCACCUGGUGGGGGAGGACAUAAUGGCUGACUACCUCCUGUACACCCUGAACAAGCAACGUCAGUUUGGGUACGUGCAGCGCUACAGGCUGGCUGAGGCCUGCGAUGACAUCGAGGUCGUGCUGCGGCAAGUGGCCCUGGGCCACGGAAGGAUGCAGAAGGUGAAGGUGCUGACAGGCACAGGGAACGUCAACGUGACGAUGUUCAACUACCCAGCGGCUGCCUAUGAGUUCCUGCGGGAUUUCCGGGCAGGACGCCUGGGCCGGGUGACGCUGGACUGA